UUCUUUAAUUAAAACUUCUUUAAUUGAUUUGGUGAUCAAAAGUCUUAUUUUUUGGUGAUCAUUUCACUGCUAAUAAAUUUGGUGAUCAAAAGUCACUUUUUUGGUGAUCAAAACACAUUUAUUCCUUGUUAUUAUAUCUUUUAUAUUCUUUUUUUAUUUAUAGAUUGUCAGUGAAUAUGAAGAAAUCACAAAGAAAUCAUUAGAAGAAUUAUUAGAAUCAUAUCGUCAACGACUGGAUGCUUUAAUACAAUUUUACCAAUUACGUCAAACAAAAUCAACAACAAUUUCAUGGUAUAAUGCUGUUGUUGAACCAUCGUUUAAACUCAAAUAUGACGAUUCGACAGUUGCUUUUUUGAUCAUAAGUACACCCCAUAUGUUUGAGAAAACAUUUUUACCUUAUGCUGUCACUCAUAAAGGAACAAAUGAUCCAGUUGACUCGUGUAUCAAAUUGCGUAUUGAACCAUUAAUCAAAAAAUUCUCUGAUCAUGAUAUUGACCUUAUUUACGAUUAUGAACUAUGGCCAAAUCGUCGUCCUAAAAUUAUUAUGCAGACCGUUGGCCAUAUUACGGGUGCGGCACAUUUUUACAGUCGUCAUCAACUUACCAAUGAUCCAUUUCCAAAGGAAAAGAAUAUGUUGGGUGUUUGUAUUCAUCCAAAAUAUGGUGGUUGGUUUGCAUUACGUGCCGUGCUUGUAUUUAAAACACUAACAUAUCCAUUAUUAAAACAACAGGCACCCAUUGAUCAUUUAAAGGAAAAUGAAACAUUAAUUGUAGAUUUAUUAAGACGUUUUAAUGAUUGUUGGCAGGACAAUACCUAUCGUGAUAUAAUACCUGUCAUUGGAAAAUAUUCUUUACUUCAACAAUCUUAUUUUAAAACACUACCAAAACAAAGACUUUUGUGGCUAGAAAAGCUCCUUCAAAAUGAAUCUAUAAAUGAAUCCAACGAAAAUCUAUAG